AUGGGCAGCUUCACCUUGCUGACAGUUCUUGGCAGUGGCAGUUGCAGGCUGUCCUGCCAUCACCGCCUGCCUUUGGCUGCUUAUCAGGCCGGCUCCAUCUUGGUCGUCUGGGACUUCACUCGGUUCGGCGACGACUCGCGGCAGUUCAUCCUUCUGCAACCAGGCCAGCGCUGCUCGCAGAUCUUCUUCAGCAAGGAUGGGCGCAUUGUGCUGGGCUUCUGGGUGUCGCCCAGCGGACAGCCCACACUAUCUGUCUGGCGAACUGCGGACGGAGUUCGGGUCGCGGAACAUGCCCUAGCGAACACUUCGGCGCAGGGGCUCUGUGUGGAUUACCACCGAGAAACACAGCACAUGCUUGUUCUUUAUGGAAACUCCGCUCUGUCUGCAUGCGUGGCCUACUGGGACGCUGAUGUCCUGAGUCCGCGGCCGUUGGCGCAGGGCCCCUUAGGGCCUUCGAUCUCUCCAUUGGCAGUCCGACUUCUUGAUGAUGCUCGCCAUUUCGCAGUUGCAGAGGUAGAUGCCGUGACAUUCUGGACUUAUGCGGGGCCUACAGGCGGCACUCGCCAGGUUUUGCGGGUGGACUUGACGAAACCGCUUCAAGCCUUUGAGCUCGAAGGCCGCCUGGCAUACCUGCUGACGGAGGGGCGGCUCCAGGUCAUGAAUUUCGACGGCCAGCGAGAGCAGGUCGUGCAAGCACCUGCUGCCAAGACCACAUGUAUGGACGCAAAGGCAAGCACCGUGUGCCUCGGUUGUGAAGACGGCUCUUUGCUCGUGUCUCGCGGUGCCAGUCCUGAGCACUGGAGGACCUUGCCAUGCCCACCUCAGCUCUGCGACACAUCCGGAGCAGAGAAGCUUGCGCCAAGAGUUGUCUCGGUCUCCCUUGGUGCGGGCGAGGACUAUGCAUGUGUGUGUUUUUCAGAUGCAACACACGGCGUCAUCCAUCUCAGUUCUGCCCAAUGGGUCGCUUUGCGAGCUGGACAUGCCGGCAACAUCUGCAGUAUCACAACUGCACCUCGUUUGACCGCUCCUGCCGCACUUGCGGGGCGGAUGCUCGAUGCAGAGAGAAUCCUCAAGACGAAAGCUCUCGCCUUUCUCAGCAUCGGUUCUCAGAGGCCGGGCUGCACAGCAGGACCAGGGCUCGGCUUCAUCGCCUGGCCCAAAAUGGGACCCCCGACUCGAGGGUGUCUUGCCAGAGGCAUGGGUGUCCCGGUUCUCGACGAAGAGCAAUCAUUGAUUGUGCGCGAAGGGCGCAGCAGAGCUCUCACAGCUGCUGCCUUCCACCCUUCUGCUUGCCUUGCAUUGGAUGGCAGCCUCAACGGCGCCUACGUGCUUGUGGCUGGAGCUGAAGACGGCUCUGUCCACUUGCUCGAGGCCUUGGUGCGACAGUGGACAGACCGAAUGGGCUUGUCUUCCCGUUCCUUAGCCGGCAGAACAGCGGCGCAGGUGCGGCGUGGCAGGAUGGAUGCUGCAUCUGCCAGCUCUGGGCCCGACGAAGACCUGGAUGUGGAAAGCGAGCAUCUUUGGAGAGCCGAGGAGGAAGCCGCUGAGGAAGAAAUCCGCAUGGCCGAGGAGGCAGCAGCCGAGGCAGCCGAAGAGCUUUGGAUGGCAGAAGAAGCUGCGGCCCAAGCAGAGAUGGCAGAACUGGAAGAGUUUGCACAGGAGGCCGAGCACUGGCUGAGCGAGGAUCCCCUGCAUUCGUUUCUAGAUGUGUUGCAUGCGGCAUGCCCGGCACGCAGGAUCUUUUUCAAUUUCGACGAGCAGUUGCAUUACAUGGGCGAUUUUUUCGAGGAAGAUGCUCUGCAAAUGGUUUCCGAUGCCGAGGAUUUCGAACAAGCCAUGGAGCAAGAAGCCUUCGGCGAGGGCGAUUCCGACGAUGACCUCUCUCUCUUUGGCGACGUUGCACUCGGGCAAGGUGAAGACCUGACAGAUUUCAACGACUGGGGCUGGGAUCCGAACGGCAUCGCACAGAUGGCAGCGGCCGGUCUAGAAAUUUCUUGCCGUGCAGCCUGGGAAGUGCCCCGAAUGCCGCUGGGUCAGGCCGAACUGUGGCAUUUCGGCCCCAACGGGCCACCCAUGAACGUUAUGGAUAUCUGCCCAGUGUCACAAGUACUUUGGAUCGCCAACCAGCGCCAGCUCUUCGGCUUUUCAAUGGCUGGCCUGGAAGCCCAAGUUUCUCAGCCUCGCAUUACCGACGUGGACGUUGGUCUGGCGGGAGCAGUGUUGACCUCUUGUGCACCGGAGCUCAGCGCGCAGGCUAACCGCAUCCGAUGCGGCCAAGUCGGUGGCCAGUCCGUGGUCGUUGCCGUGGACGCUCAGGGUGGUGUUUUGGUCGUUCCGUCCCCCAGCAGCCCCAGUAGACAACCGGUCCUCAAACUGCAAAAUGCCAAGAUUGGCCAAUCCUCGUCUGCUGGUGUUUCUACCUGGGGUAUUGGACUGUCUCCGCAUGGUGAGCCUGCAACGUCUGAUGGACCCCUACUAGUUUCCGCAAACGACCACUGCGUCAAAGCAUGGUGGCUAACUCCUCCUCAAAAUGUGGAUCCGAGUGUCAUGCCAUCGUAUCCUCGAAGAACCGAGAAGAGCUGGCAGACGAGGCAGGCCAACAUGCAGCCAUCACUACUGCACUGUUUUCAAGACAAUCUUCCAAGCAUCGACGUCGCGCGGGGGCGUGCGAUUCUGGGCUCUCUCGGAGGUGAGGUCAAGGUGCUCAACUUGGCACCGCCGUCAGCCGAGGCUCCAAAAGAAGCUCCGGCGGCUCCGGUUCCUGUGACCGUCCUGGAAGAGACGCCAGACCUCGAGGACAGUUCUGGAUCUUCUCGGCCCCGGUGCCCACCGAGGUUUCCACCUGAGAACGAGCCCGCCUCCAUCAUUCGAAGCUUCGCCCCCGAAUCUGAUGGAGGGAUGAGGAGGAAAGCAUGGAAUGCAUGCUGGAUACCUCUCAGAUGCGUCCACGCAGUGGAAGCGCCUCCAUGCCAACAGCCAGGAGACAGUCUAAUGGACUGGAGUGCAGAUGGCUGCCUGCUGCCUGCAGAGAUCAUACGAUCCUUCGUUCUGCCGCUGCUUGGAGCUCAGGACCUGCUCCAACGUGUGCAAGUGCUGAACUCUGUGCAUGCCGAAGAAGCACGGGCACAAGUCCUGUCAGGCACCCGGGCAGAGCACAUGGCCAUGAUCUUCUCUGAGACCACGGUUUGGCUCACUGAUGGCUGCCUGAGCAUGCGUUGCAAGCAAUCGCUUCCUUUCAAUGGUGCUUUUGCGCACACCGUGUACAUGCCCGGUUUGUCUACCGUCGUGGUGUCAACCAAAAUGGAUUCGGUGGCGAGAAUGCUGUGGGCUGUGACAGUUCUGAGACGGAAGCGCUCGCUGCGAUUUGAACUGCGGGUGACUCCACUUGCCACUUCGUCAGCGCAUGAAAUGCAAAAGCUAGGAAAUCCAAGGUGGCCGGAGGUGUUUCAGUGUGACCCUGAGGAAGUCGAGCGUGGCCUCCGUACCCUGCCAUGGCCUCGCAACAUCAUCGUGGGCAUGGCUGCUGCGCCCCGGAACCGACUCUUUGUGCUGCAGCUUGGCCCCAUCCGCUGUGCCCUGGAUGUUGGUCAGUUGGCGCUGGCACCGGCGUCAGCUGAUCAGGCGGUGACCUGGAGAACGGUGCGCAGCGCCCCGCGCAAAUCACCGUCCGCACCUUCGGAGGUGUUCCCCCGUGACCUGGGUGAUCUGGAGGUGAAGAGUUCAAGCCUUUUGGAGUCAUGUUGCCACUUGACCAUAUCUUCUUGCGGGAGCUUCAUUGCGGCAUCCUUCGCCGAUGGUGCUGCGGAUUUGCUGGAGUUCCCUUCUCUCAGCCCGCUGCUGCAGCUUCAACACGGCGAGCCAAGUGGACCUCGCGACAACGAGAAGGUUCAGCAAGCGUUUUUCGUGUGGCGGCCCACAGCGACACAGAGAGCUUAUGAUCAGAACCUAUAUGUAGUCAGCAGACUGCGCAACCCUUGGGAGGCAGUCCUGCACGAAGUGUACCCCCUGGGCGAUUCGUUUGCCAAAGCGCCAACAGCCCAAUUCGCCCUGGCUCCCGUCUGCCAGGCUGCUGGAGGAGUCUUCACCGACCUCUGCGCACAUCCGUCACAACUGUACCUGGUUGCUUCGGCAGUGCUGCCUUCGAGUGAUGUGAGGUCAAUUAUUCUUGUCUUCGACUUGUGGAGCGGAGAGCUGCUGAAAUCCUGCCCGGUUUUCAACUCCCUUUUAGUCGCGCCUCUGCUGCCGCUUCAUCCAUCAAUUUGCUUGGAUUGCAGUGGCUCCUACAUUUUUUGCGCAUCCACACCCGGCCCGCUGGGCCCGAUCGAUUUGCAUGUCGGGCACGAUGCAGGUGCUGUGCCAAGCGGCUAUGCUUGCAAUGACUUGCUGCACUCGAUCUGGCCUUCCUCGCAUGCUGCGUCGGCAGCGGAAUCAACAUCCUUGAUCUGCGUCGUCGACUUCAGCUCCGGCGAACAGUGCUACCAGGUGAGUAUCAACGCAAACUACAUUAGUCUUGGCUCUCCGUGGCACGACCCUGGCCAGCUUCUCGUCGGUGCUCGUGAUGGCACGAUUUCCGUGUGGCAACCUCCGGCGGCCGUCUCCUCACGGAUCCGAACAGUGCUUCAGGAAAGUCUGGAGGCACACAGCGCGGUGAGAGAUGCGACGAGACAGCCAGAUUCAACAUUUUGGUCGUUGGCUUCCAAGCUCUCGCAUGUGGAGGAAGCUGUUUCUUUCUUCUGGGCCACAAAGUUGCACGCAAGAAUGGAUUGGCUCAGCUGGGGUGACGGCGUUCACAAAGCACCUCUUUCAAGAGGAACUGGAGCACAAACGCAGACCGGCGUCGCUCACGCUGUUGCCACGGACAACAAGCCGCUGCCGUUGCUCCCCAUCGUACCACCAGCCUACAGAGCAACACAUCCCCAGCACGAGGAUGAUGUUGUCAUCCAAGCGCGGCAAAAGUGGGCCAUGGCCAGUUCAGGCGGUGAGUUCCUGCGACCUCCUGCCAAACUCCAGGCAUCUUUUCCACCUUUCACCGAGCACGUGAGACCACAGGUGUUGCAAGCAUCACAGCCACUAAGCUCUCCCAGAUUCGGACAGGGUCCGAAACGUUUUCCAGAGCCUUGCAACCCGGCACGGGCAUUGAACGAACCCGAGAUCGAUCCCGUUUCUGGCCUCGAAAUGCACGAGAUCCCGCUGAAUCAGCCUGGGUGGAAGCACGGGACGAUGCAGAGCCAAGCAGAGCAGAUGGCCGCGGCAGCUCCAACAGCUCCCGAGUUCUUGGAAGAGUUCGGCACCCGCGCAGAACACUUCCAGGACCCUUUGCCGUCACAAGAUGCCACAUCCGUACCCAGGUGGUUGGAACGUGGAAGACCAAUGCCAGCAGCCCAACCGCGGCUGGAUCAUCAAGUCCUGCGUUCCGUGGUUUCCGACUUGGACAAGUUUGAGAUGGCACAUCCAGAAGUGCAGGAUCCGGGGGGAUUUUCACGUCUCACUGCCGGGCCGAAAUCUGGCCGCAGCACGGAGACAGGAGCCUGUGCCUGCAAAGAAGACGUGCGCAGGAACAAGGUGAAAACCAUCAGCCUCACACUCAUUCGUGCGUUUGCUCUGAUGACUCUGAUGGAGGGAAGGGGCUACAAAAGGCUGUCGAAGCUGCUCUGGUGCUCCAUGGGCUCAAAGUACGAUUCGAGAGCCUUCCCACCCAAGUUUGACGGGGAUCGCACCUCGCAGUUGAUCGUUGGGAUCUUCAAGUCGCCCACAUGGAUGGUUCCAGUCUCCCAGUUCGUCGAUCAAAAUUGCCUCUGUUUCGAAGAUCAGGAGGAGAACAAGUUGGAGUACACAUUGGUUCACAAUGCCUUCAAGCAACUAGUCGAAGACCUGUUGGCAGCCCACCUUGCGGAGCUGCAAAUCUCAACAGAAGAGUUCACCAGCUUCUGUGAAUACGGGCUGUCGGGCAGCAACGAGCUCCACAGAAGUCUGGUGGAGCAGUUGAUAAGUGUCGACGACUUCCUGGUCUUCAAGGCCAUGAUGUUGAAGCGCAACUCGGAGCUUUCGAGAGAAGCGCUCAACCCUGUCGGUCAGAUUGUGGUGGCGGACGAUGCGGUCCCCGCCCCACCACACACGGAGGAACUGGAGACGGAGGCAGAAAGGCUAGUGCGCCUCGAAGCUGAACAACGGUGUGUCGAGGCCGAGCUUCAGCUGGCCAUUGCCCUGUCCAGACAUUUGGAGAAGCGCUUGCAACUCAUUGAGGCACUCAAUGAGGUGCUCGAGAUGGCAGCAGGAGUGCAUUGCUGGAGCGUGCGAACUCGAAUGGAAGCCGAAGAGGAUCGGAGCAAUUCGCGGAAGGCUGCGUUGAGACAGCAGGUAUGGGACAGGCUGGAGAGCCAAGAUGCUGUCCUUUUCCCACGCCCAUGCCAUGGCCGAAUUCCCAACUGCGUGGGAUCAGCUCUGGCGUGCCGGCAUCUCCUGGCACUUCCGGAGCUGCAGAAGGCUUCAGUGGUCAAGGUGCACCCUUCCAUCGGCGCUGCGGCUCUGCGAACAGCUUUGGUGCUCGCAGGAAAGACCGUUCUUGUACCACCAUACCCUGGCGCUGAUUUUCUUUAUCUGGAGCUUCAUCGAGACUGCUUCCCCAGCGGAUCCUUGGAAAGGGCCGGAGACAAGCGAGAGUAUUUGAAGUGGGCCAAACCCCUAAAACUACUCGACAUCCCACUUGUCGACGUGGUCGUCGUGGCUACCUGUGUGGUCGCCUCAAACGGAGUGCGUUUGGGAAAGGGCAAGGGCUACGGCGAGGUGGAGUGGGGAAUCCUCACGGCGCUGGGUGCAGCGGAUCCCGACACAACACCCGUGUUCAGCAUAUGCCACGACUUGCAAGUGGUGGAGCCUGCUCAGCUCAACGCAGAUAUGAUGGAGAGCCACGACUUGCCGGUGGAUGCCUUUGCAACUCCCAGCGGCCUCGUGCAUUGCAAUCGGAUUGCCAGCAAGCCGUCGGGAAUUAGGUGGGACUUAGUAGGUCCCCAGCUUGAGGAAGACAUCGGAGCCCUCAGAGAGCUUCGCAGCCUGAGCGAGUGGGAACUCCAACAACACAAAGCUGGUCUGACGAAAUCGCCCGCGGUGUCACCGAAGAUCCGCGAGAACCAGGCUUGGCAGGCUGCCGUUGACGCCUGUGCGCGGUUCGACGCAGAAGAACGUCGUUGUCAACAGAAUCUGACAACGAAUUCUUCUGACCCUCGCUGGAGGUCGGCCGAGGCUGGUUGGAGGGGCAAGGGCAAGGGCAAGCGAAGUGGCACAAAAGGUGCCAAAAAGCGUAUGCACUCUGCUCAUCUCAGCGCGCAUGCCGAGAGCAUGUCCGCCCAGGCGGAGGCUGAAGCUGCACAGCAGGCAGCACUUGCUGCAGCACAGAUGAUCCAGCAGCAGCAGGAGCAGUUCAGCUUGCCGCCAACUCUCCAGAUUCAGCCUCUCCUCGAUGGCGGCAUAGGAGCUUCACCCAUCACUCAAGAAGAUCCCUAUGCGGAAGAGAGACGACGUUUGGAUGCAGCUGAGCAGCAGGAACGUGCUCAAAUCGCAGUCGCACAGGCAAGCGCUGCCCGUCGGCAAGCGGAGCAGAACCGAAAUCCACAGCAGCCCUCCGAGGAAGAACGAAGAGCGAGGGCCGAGCAUCUGAGACAGCGGCGAGAAGCCCUCAUGGAAAAGAAGAGGCUUGAAAGGGAGUCGGAGCUGAGUCGUUUCACCGAGCUGAACGGCCACUCCACAGCGGCUCGCGCUGCGGAAAGGGCAUGUGCAGGUCAGCCUGCCCUGCCGGAGGACGCAGGCAGGAAACUUGCAGACGAACUGCGAGGGAACGUGGAGCCGGACGGACCCCAGGCAAACCCUGAGGAAGCUGCCAUCGCCAUGCGUCGCGCGUUGACUGCGCAGCUCAAGCAGACGCUGACGCAGUCCCUGCAUUGA